UAUAUUCCCUGCAUUCUUAUCGACCUCCCUUACAAAUUUGAUAGCAUCCAUAGAGAGAGGCAGAGAGAGAGAGAGUUUCCCGGAGAGAGAUCAUUCUAGUGCUCUCCAAGGGAGCAUCUCCAUAACUGCCAGCAGAGCUUUUGCCGAGCGAAGACAAGACUGUUUGGUCAUCAUUAAUUUGUAGUACUAGUACUACUUCUAAUUUUCAUCUUCAAGUAUGUAUCGUUCGGUCACUACUACUUCCACCACCUUUGCAACUAAGAAGGCUGCAGAGCAACGGCCUCUACUAACCCACCUCUUUUUUGACCUCUUAUGGCCGGUCAACCCUAUAAAAGACGAGGAACCUUCAGCAGAGAAGCCCAAGACAGACCACGAAAUGCAAAAGCAGUACCUUGCUCUACAAACCGUCUCCGGUAUGGUAUCGGAAACCAAAUCGCUCGUAAACAUGGCCUUCCCCAUGGUUUUAACGGGACUCAUUCUUUACUCACGCUCAAUUCUCUCCAUGCUCUUCCUCGGCCACCUCGGUGAUCUCGAGCUCGCUGCUGGCUCUCUGGCCAUUGCUUUCGCCAAUAUAACUGGUUAUUCCGUGCUCUCGGGCCUAUCUCUGGGCAUGGAGCCCCUGUGUUCCCAAGCUUUCGGUGCAAACCGCCCGAAUCUUCUAUCUGUAACCCUUCACCGCACCGUGAUUUUUCUCCUCGUCUCGUCGAUGCCCAUUUGGAUUCUUUGGCUCAACAUGUCCAGAAUUCUUCUUUAUCUAAACCAAGACCCCAACAUCACUCGCAUGGCUCACACGUACCUGAUGUUCUCCCUCCCGGACCUUUUGACCAACUCUUUCCUUCACCCAAUUCGCAUUUACCUUCGAGCCCAAGGCAUCACUCUCCCGCUCACGUUAGCGUCCCUUGCUGGCACUGUUUUCCUCUUGCCCAUGAACUUUCUGCUCGUCUCCCACUUCCGGUUCGGAGUGGCAGGAGUUUCGGCAGCCUCUGCCGCCUCCAACUUCCUUGUGCUACUAUCCGUAGUCUUAUACAUGCGGGUCACCAGGUUAAACGAGCCAAGCUGGAGUGUCCCCAGCCUAUCAGAGUGCAUGACCGGCUGGAAACCCCUGCUCCGGCUCGCUGUUCCGAGUUGCGUCUCGGUUUGCCUUGAAUGGUGGUGGUACGAGAUUAUGAUAGUCUUGUGCGGACUGUUGGUGAACCCCAAAGCGACCGUGGCGUCGAUGGGCAUCUUGAUACAAACGACGGCGUUGAUUUACGUGUUCCCGUCCUCACUCGGCUGCGCCGUGUCGACUCGGGUCGGGAACGAGCUCGGAGCUAACCGUCCGCACAAAGCAAAAACAUCCGCCGUGGUGGCGGUGUUGAUAGCGGAGAUAAUGGGUUUUUUUGCCAUGACGUUCGCAUCGGGGAUGAGGGAUAAGUGGGCACAAAUGUUCACCAACGACUCGGAGAUCCUGAGGCUUACGGUAGCCGCUCUCCCGAUCAUUGGGUUGUGCGAGCUCGGGAACUGUCCACAGACUGUUGGGUGUGGGGUCCUCAGAGGGAGUGCACGGCCGAGCUUGGCGGCUAACGUGAACCUCGGGGCAUUUUAUCUGGUUGGCAUGCCGGUGGCAGUUGGGCUCGCUUUCCGGAGCGGGGUUGGGUUCUGUGGGCUUUGGCUGGGUUUGUUAUCGGCUCAGGUAUGCUGCGCUGGGCUCAUGUUUUACGUGAUCGGGACUACGGAUUGGGACUUCCAAGCUCGGAGGGCACGGGUGCUAACGUGCGGAGGUGGGGGAGAAUCGGAGCUCACUGCCACUGAUGCAGGUGGCAAGACCGGUGAAGAGCAACAGCCACUUGUUUGUGUUCAUGUGGUCACUUCGUUUCCUCUCGUGAACCCACCCAGAGACCAAUUGCCUCGCUAGGGAACCCAGACGGAAGUGCAAGCUCGGGCCGGCAAUUAAUCCUUUGAUUAAAAAAUAUAUAUAUUUGUAAGAGAUCUGCUCCAGAUUUGUAAACUCAAGACUUAAUUAGUACAAAUUAUUAACUAUUAUUUUAGAAUAAUUUAUUUUUUAAUAAAAAAUUUAUAUAUCACUGCUAUUUUA